AUGGCCGACAAACUUCACAACGCCAUACGAUCCUUGUCCAUCGAAGAUGAUGAUCCGGUAACAUUACCAGACGAUCCGAAAUUCCGGGUUUUUGAUGCUAACGCUACCAGUUUGAUGGGGAGGCUUUUGAAUCCGGAUUGCCAACCAAUGGCCAAGAUAAUCAACUAUAUGCCCACGGCUUGGAGAGUGCAUGGUAGGGUACGAGGGAUUGCCCUUUCUCGUGACAGAUUCCAGUUUAUCUUCCAGCGGGAAGAGGAUCUCUUAACUCUCUUAAAAGAUCGGCCUUGGUCUUACAACCACUGGACAAUGCUCUUGGAGAGAUGGACCCCAAAUCCGCCAGCCUCGUUCCUUACAUCUUUGGACGUCUGGAUCAGGAUAAGGAAUAUACCGGUGAACUAUUAUACAUCUGAUACGAUGUAUGCCCUCGCUAAGAAGACUGGCAGGGUGGUGGAGUUGGCCUAUGACCCAAAGGUUUCGCAAACGACUGAUUACGUGCGUGCCAAGGUAUGCUUCAAUGUGGAGAACCCAGCCUUGGAGGCUAAGAAUCUCAUAACACCGGAGGAGGCGAACAGAGGUGGAACAUCUAAAGAAGGGGAAGCUAUUAGAAAUACUCAGAUACCAGCGCUGCUAGCUGCGCCUCUGGAAUCGCCUCCGGGUUUUCCUACGAUGUUUCCAGAACUAUCUAAAGAAGAUAGGCAAGCGGCCAUGAUGUAUGUCUCCCAUGCGGACGAGACUGAGAGGAGAGCUAGAAUCUUACGUGUCCAACAUUCCAUCGAAAAUGCGAAAGAUGAUGACACAAGUGUGCCUAUCAGAAUAUCCCACAACCUCAACAAAGAUAAAGGGCUGGUGUUUGGCUAUAGCCAUGGUGAUGAUAGCAACAGCGAGAGCAAUAAUACUAAUACUCUUCAUGCUGUCUCGGCCCCUGCUUUGCUAAAAGAUAAAGAGGACAGAGCUGCUACCUCUGGGGAACAGAGUGCUUCAUCCAACUUUCAGAUUAAUGGUUCAACGGUUUUCAGAUUGGGUAACACUACUUCAUCUGGAUAUACCGGAACUUCGAGAUCUAAAAGGAUUGAUCGGAAAAGACCACCAGCCUGGGUGAGAAGAGUGAGAACAAACAGGUACGGCGCUGGUGCUAUUGCUGUUUCACAAGGAGCAGUUCAGCCCAUGGAGGGAUCGGGGAAACGUAAGCCAGAGGACAAUAAGGGUCAGAGCUCAGACUACGUUGGAGCAGAGGGAUCUAAGAAACCAAACACAAACAAAAUUUCGGUGGCUUCCAGUUUGAAGCCGCUGCCAUCCCAAUGA